CCCGACAGUCCCAGCAACGACAGCAAAGCGAGGCCUCUGCAACUCUGCCCUGCUCCCCCUCCUCCGUCUCCGCAGUUCUCUUCUGCUCUCUACCACCUCAAAAACUUCUUCGCAAUGUUCUCCCGUACCGUCCGCCCGGCCGUCCGGGCUGGUAGCGCUGCUGUCGCUCGCACUGCUCCGACCAAUGCCGCCAACUUCGCGACUCUGCGUGAGAUUGAGGGCCGUCUCAAGUCCAUCCGCAACAUCGAAAAGAUCACCAACACCAUGAAGAUCGUUGCCUCCACCCGUCUCACUCGCGCCCAGAAGGCUAUGGAUGAGUCUCGCAACUACGGUCAGACUUCCAACACCGUCUUCGAGCAGGCCGAGACCAAGCCUUUGGAGGACAAGAAGACUCUGUACGUCGUGGCUAGCUCCGACAAGGGUCUCUGCGGUGGUAUCCACUCCGGUCUCUCCAAGGCGACUCGCCGCCUGCUGGCUGGGAACCCCGAGGCCGACAUUGUCAUCCUCGGUGAGAAGGCCAAGGCCCAGCUGUCCCGUGUCGCUCCCGAGAAGAUCCUCCUGAGCUUCGCCAAUGUCUGCAAGGAUAUCCCCACUUUCGCCGACGCCCAGGCUAUCGCCGACCAGAUCUCCCUGCUGCCCACCGACUACGCCAGCAUCAAGAUCGUCUACAACAAGUUCAUCAACGCUCAGAGCUACGAGGCUACCACCAUUGAGGCUUUCUCCGAGGAGGCUAUUACCCAGUCCGCCAACAUCUCCGCCUACGAGAUUGAUGACGAGGCUCUUGCUGGUCUCCGCGAGUACGCUCUUGCCAACAACCUCUUCUGGGCUAUGGCUGAGGGCCACGCCUGCGAGAUCUCGGCCCGUCGCAACGCCAUGGAGAACGCCUCCAAGAACGCUGGUGAGAUGAUCAACAAGUUCCAGAUUCUCUACAACCGUCAGCGUCAAGCCGCCAUUACCGGUGAGCUGGUUGAGAUUAUCACCGGUGCCACCGCCUCUGCCGACAUGUAGAAGCCUUGAUCUGCUUCUCCGGGAUGAAGUCACAUUUUUAGUGUAGACUUGUUGAUAAUUAGAUCGACCCGCCGUUUUUGUAAAAUCAGUGUCAAUCCAUUCCAAUUUCUUUUGUGCUUUUCGGCCGACUGAGUAGGCUGAUGGCCAUGAUCUUAUUCACAGA